CGUACAGGAGAGAUGUGUGCCCGAAAGAGGUGCUCCAAGCGGCAAGGCGGGCCUUAGAGCAAGGAGAGGAGGCAGGCGAGAUGGUCGCCAGGGGACUUUUUCCAGAGGUGACGCAGGCGUGGACGAUGCCGCACGAGAGGCCCGAAAAGGACGACGUGAUCAGGAUCGAGGAGCCGCCUGACGGAGUCUUCAGGGGAAGGGUGUUCGUGGACGUCUCGGCGACGGACCCCAUGGAGGAGAUCCUGAGGAGGGCUGGCUGGGCGAUCGUGCAGUACUCCGAGGGCGGCCAGCUGGCCAGGGACGGCGAGGACUACGCGUUCCACUUCUUGUCAGGAUGCGCUCACGGGUCGCUGGAGGUCUUCUGCGAUUGCGUGGGCUCCAUCACGAUGGCGACCGAAGUGGGUAAGGCGCUGGCGAAAGGUGCGGCAAGGAGGCACCUAGGGAAGAGGUGGUGGCAGGAGCUAGGAGGCGCCGACGAGGUCGAUGUGACGAAGGUGAAGGCACCUUGGUCCAAGGCGGAGUGCAUCACGGAGACGGAAAGGUGGACCAGAGAAGGGGCUCACUACCUGGCCAAGCAGACGGCGAGGUGGCUGGCGCAGCCAUCGGUCUGGUGGCAGUCGCAGGCGCCACACGCGGACGGCAUCCCAAGCGAGGCCUUCGUCGAGCUUGACGGCAUGGACCCCAGCUUCCAGGAGGUACUGGACGAGCUCAGGAAGGCGGAUGAGGAGAAGGCCAAGGACGGCCAGCAAGACGAGGCCUGA